AAGUCAAGAUGUAAACAUGAAGUCUGAAUAUCUUUCUUUUUGUACAUUUCUUGGACAGAGUUCUUCAUGUCAUUGUAUUCUUCAAAUUAAGAGGUUUUGUUCUCUGUGGUUUCUCUCCUCCGUCGUGGAACAGCAGCCAUGCUUCUCAUGUUCUUAGUGCUCAGAGAUACAAAAGGUAGUGGCACUACAUUACCCUCGGAAAAAGAAUGCCCGUUUUUCAGGUUCGGCGCUAAUUGUGACCGAUUGUGUCCCUCUCACUGCGGGGGUAAUGGAACAUGUGAACGCUACAGCGGGGAGUGUCUUCAUGGCUGUCUACCUGGAUACUUCGGAAGCUUUUGCAAACUAGAAUGUGACCAAAACUGUGGUGGAGAUGUCCAUGAAUGUGACAAGCUAACUGGUACGUGUUUACAAUGUCGUGCUGGACUUACUGGAGAAUUUUGCCAAAAGAAGUGCUUUAACUGUAUAAGAGAUGUGUGCCACAAACAGACGAUGGAAUGCUUGCAAGGGUGCGCGACAGGAUACACCGGCCCUUUAUGUGAUGAAGAGAUCACUGACAACAGUGUUGUCCCGCUGGUCAUCUUCUUCGCCGGACUUGUCUUACUCGCCGUUAUCCUCAGCACGCUGAUUAAAAAACGUCGCCAGCGAGCGGACGACGUGGACUAUAAGAGAUCCUACACAGAGUCUUACAUCAAACCUGGCGACAGCACCUCUUCAGUUGGGGAUACCAGCGAACUGUUCGAUAUUGUGGAAGCAAUGAAUCAACGAAGAUCGGACGAUGCGGAAGAAUGACCGGACAUUUUUUUUCCCUAACCCUAAAAAAAAUGUAAAUAAGCUUGAAAAGAAUUGAAAACAAAUAAAAUUACUUCUUGAUAACAAG